AUGGGGUGGGGGGGACGCCACUGCCCAGCAGGGGCACUAGGGCGCAGCUCCAGGAGGAGGCUGCGGAGCGGCAGGGCACUCGAGAAGCAAAGGGAGGUGGCUGGGGCGAAAUAUGUCGAGAGAUGCAACUUUGCAAAAAGUAAAAGACGAAGCGAUGGGUCCAAUGCCUUACGGGAGCCCGAAGAGUCUGAUAAAGUUGUGCGGAUGACACAGUUUGCAGUCGUGCCAGUGUCACGCGCGGGGAGGUGCUGCCACCGCGCGCCCCUUGACGUCACCACCUCUCGGCUCGCCCACGCCCAGGUUGGGGGGAGAGGGGGCGGCCCCGGCGUGAGCGCCCCCCCCCCCGCCAGCCUCCCGCGGCCUCCCGGUUGCUGGAAGGAGGGCGGGGCUGGUGGCCGCGGCCGCGGCGGCUGGCGGAGGGGGAGGGCGCAGCAGCGCAGGAUCCCGAGCACAAGCCGGAGCUCAGGCCGAAACCCGGCGGCGCCAGCCUCGAGGGUGCAGAACCCCGCGUGCCCGCCUCUCCGCAGCGUCCGGGUCGGGGGUUCCACGGCCGUGGUCUCUCAAACCCACCGGCCUGGGACGAAUGCACGACUGGCAGAUUCUGGGAUGCCGGGCGGCAGCAGCUCGCCGGCUCUUUCUGUCUGGUCCGCAGCCCCUCCGCACCGCCGAGCUGCGGCUACGAGAGAAAAGUGAAAAUUCUAAAUGUCAUCUACAGCCAGAUUAACAGCAUAAUUCCAUAAGAAUCAAUGUUGUGUCAUUUCUUAAGAAUAAACCUAGAAAGUGCACUUCGAAGCUUCAGCAGGGAACACAGAUAUCUCCCCACUUGAACAAGAAAAAUCAUCUUCUUCCAUCGGGGUGGUCUCCCCUUUCAACAAAACCACCAGGAGCAGUGAGAAAAAGAAGGGAGGACCCUACCCAACCGAAUGUGUCAAAUCGGAUUGGUCCUUUUUAGCAAGAAAUCAAGUAGCACAAGGGUGGCCAGCCUCCCAUCUUCUGCUCACACCAACACUUAGCAACCUCUCUAGGACUGCUGCCUACACACAGGCUGUGCUGUGUACAGGAGCACCUAGCUGAGGUAGCAAGUGGGAGCUGAAAUCCUACCCAGGCUCCAUUCACCACACAGCAUGUAUUGGUGCAUGGUCAUAUCCACCUAGAAGAUACAGUACCUUUUUCUGAUUUACACCAAGGCACCCUAUAUGAGCUAGUGGCAGCUCUGACCAACCCACCCUCACUCCCACUCCUAUCUAGAGUUAACUUCCUUUCUUAAGAUGAAUUAAAGAUUCCCAUAAACAAAUUAGGUUUAUUAUAAAAGAUGAAAUAUUUGACCCAAACUGAAAUGAACUUAAUAGGCAGAGCUCAAAAUAUCACCAUUCAUAUGUAUAUAUAGUUAUAUGGAUAUACUUUUCUAUGUAUCAGAAGUUAGAACAAAUUAAAUGUGCUAAAUGUUUAAAAUAACAUUAUUUCAUGUGUUGGAAUCAGCUUUGUAUAUGGAUUUCUGGCCUUUACAUUUCAACAAAUUCCGUUCCAACAAAUAUAUAUUAAAUGCCAGGCACUGUGCUAAGCAGUUUGUAUACAAUGAUGAAAAAUACCUACUUACAAACUCCUUACCUCUAGACAGGAGGAAGGAAGACAGAUGAUAUGGUCACAAAGAUGAUUAUAAAUCAUUAGAGCUUUGAAAGAAAAUCCAAUAUGGAAAAUAACAUGACAGAUCCACUUCAGAUUAAGUCACUGGAAAAAGCCUCUUUGAGGAAAUGACUUCAGUUGGAGACUUGAGGAUUAUUGGAAUGAGUUUUGAAAUGGCUCCAUCCUGCCAUUUAGUGUAUAGAAACAUUUGAGUUUGGAAUAGAACACAGUUCAUUUACAGGAAUGCACAGAAUAAAACAAGAAAGAAGAGGCCAAAGGCCAAAUUCAUGAUUUUGUAGUUUAUGGUCUCCAAGUAAUAAAUGAAGUUAUAUUCAUAUCUUUUUCAUUUCUUUUUGUUUUUGCAAGUACUGUUUCUUGUUUCCUAACUCAUCCUUAUCGAUCUUUGUCUCCUUGUUUAAAUCCUGGCCCAACACUCAUCUUCUAGGAAUUAUUCUAAUUUGAAUGAUCCUUCAGCCAUUGCUCCUCAUCUAACCAGCACUUUAUAUGCUUUAUUUUAUUUAUUUUCAUUUGUAUGUUGUUUAUAAUUGUCAGACUUUCUCAUAUGUGGGAGUGGAAUAUCCAUGAGACUGUAAGCUCCUUGAGAGCAGGAAUUCCAUUUUGUUCUUUUUGGUCACCCCAGCAAAGAGUCUAGUUCAAUCCAAAGGUACAGUGACUGACUUCCUAAUAAAUACUGCUGCUGGCUAGUCUUGUUUGAUUGAUACUUUUUAAAGGUUUAAAAUGGAAGAAAUAUUUGCAUUGUAAAAAUUCUAAAUUUUAAAGUAGAUGGGAACGUGCAAUUUAUAGUACACUGUCACUAAGGAAAUUCAGGAAACAUUGCUAUGUUUAAGUGUGUUUCCAAAGAGGAAGGCCAGCCAGCAAAGCCAAAGAAGGGGCUGCCAGUAAGGCUUUUUCUCCAUUUAUUAAACCAUUCUUUCAGCAGUUAUUUUUGAGCAUCUACUGGGGUCUAGAUACUGUUCUGGGCACUGGGGACAGAGCAGUAAACAAUAUUUGGAGCUUGUUUUCUAAUGGGGAAGACAGAAAACAGAAUGUUGAUAAGUGCUAUGGAGAAAAAGGGCAGUGAAAAAGGACAGUGUAGGAGUUGAGAGAAAUAGUAAUUUUUUAUAAGUUGUCAGAAAGGGUGUCUACUGAGUUGAUAACUGAGCAGAAACUCAAAACAGCAAGCCUCUUGCAUGUAGAUGCAAGUACUGGGACCAGCAAAUCAGAGGCCAAAAAGCAAGCAUACUUAGUAGGUUCAAGGAAUAUAGCAAGGAGGCCCGUGUGGCUGGAGCAGAGUGGGUGACAGAAAAUAGCAAGAAAUGAGACCAGAGAAGUGUCUAGGAACCCAGAUUGUGUCGGAUCUUGUAUGCUAUGUUAAGAGCUUUGGCUUUUACUCUGAAUGAGAUGGUUAUCACUUAGGGUCUUGUUAGAAAUAAACUGCUAGGUAUUUCCACAGAAUGAAUUAAAUCUAAGGAAUUAGUUAAACAGGUGAUGGGGAAUAGAAAAAGCAAAAAGGGAAGCCUGAAAUAAACAGGUAAUACCUGCAGGAAGCUGCUCCCAUUCCUAGGGAGUAGGGAAUAUGGGAAGAGUUGGGGUUCAGGCUUAUUGGAGAGGCCUUGUGAAAUGGUGGAGAAGGGGUUGCUGUCCAGCUGCCACCUCUAAGAUGGUGAAAUGAAGUUGAUUCUGGGAGUGCUGGAAGAAAGCUGGAGACUUGAACCGAUUGCCCCCUACUGGGUGAGGGGUCCUUGCCAGGCUAAGGCUAACAGGAACAGCAAAUUAGGGUAUGAAGUCCCUUUUCUCGUAUUUUUGCUGUUUCGUCUCCCCCUAGUGCCUUGUCUUAGGCCAGUGAUUCUUGGGCAGGUGAUUUAUUGAGCAAUAGUUUCAGGCCAAGGAGAGUGAGGGAAGCAGGGGAAGCAAGGGGAAGAAAGCUAAGUAAGGAUGGUUUCUCAAUCUAGUUCCACAGGGAACUUCACAGGGAGCUCUGGAGUAUGAACUGCACCACACACAAAAAAGCGGUUCCAACUUGAGGCAAGGGCAGGGGUGAUUUUCUUACCCAUGUCAGUUGGCUAUGAGUUGCAGGUUGUGGCAGGGGAGUUUAUGCCCCCAGGUAGGGAGGUUCCAUUCAACCAAGAACAAUUCUCUGGAGAAGGUGCAGAUGUGGAGUGUCAACAGCCAAUGUCACUAGCUGGUGAAUGGCUGCUCCAGAUGCGUAAUGGGAUCUGGGUGGAGCAGCAACAGAAUCUGCUAUAUGCCAGCAACUCAGCUGUUGGGGGUUUCUUACUUUGAAGGAUGCCCCAAAUCUUCAUACAUAGGGGUUUGCGUCCAUAGUGAACUUGCCCAUUUUAUGGUUCCAUGAAAUUUUACUGUUAGGCAAGGAAGAAUUGAGAAGUCACCAAAGAAUCCCCCGAUUCCCCAUCAGAGGUCUCUCUGCCCUCAUUGUGGGACAGCAACCUGAUUUUUCAGUUAGCAAACAGGACUGAUAACCCUGGGCAGCACAGGAAACCCUUUCUUUGCAGCAUUGGAUCAACCCUCAUGGACUGAGUACCAUGAAGCAGUUUCAA